ACGUGGGAAAAAUAUAUAUAAUUCUUGAUUAUAUUAUCUUUCAUAACACAGCUUUCGAUACACGAUUCAUAACACUUCGCUCGAUACAAUUUAUUCCCAAAGUAACCUCCAAUUCGAAUUUGUACUCCAACUUUACUUGUUUCUUUACUAUGUGACACUAUGAAACAAAAAAAGGAGAAAAAUCAAUCAUAACUAUAACAAUAAUUUGACAGCUUUAGAAAAACGAUAAUUAGAGGCAAUAUUUUUAAAAUAAAUAAACAUCAACUAAUUCUAUCGUAACAAAAUAUUGACUUCGGCCUGCAUGCUCUAUCUCCGUCCGUCUUUCGAAAUGAGACAGUGAUGGCUGAGCGCUCGUGCCAGACGGACCUGUACUACGUGUCCCCAAAACAAAUAUAAGAUUUAGUUAUAAAAACUGUUCUGUGUUGUGUGUCCUAGCACCUAGCUAGCUAGCUAGUUGUGGCUAGUGUGUGUUGUGUGUAUACCGUGUGCACCAAAACCUAUAAUGGGUAACAAGCAACUCAUUAAAAAGAAGACAUCUCGAAAAAGACAACUCAGAAGAUUCCAACAAACAAUGGAACAAACGAAAAGAAGAAAAUUGGAUAAUUUCACAGCCGAAGAUGAUACUAUAUCUUUAGACUACAUCGAACUGCAAAAUAUGGAAAUGGAAUCUCCGAUUUCAUCAAAGUUGAAAGUCAGUCAAAAUAACGAUGAGGCGACCAGCUCAAACAUUUUGAACCCACGCAUUGCACAGGUGGAUGACACUUAUCGGGUUCCUAGUCUAUUAGAGGAAGAAGAUACCCAUGAGUUACAAAUAUCGUUCGAUUUGGAAGAAGAGCUUCCUGACAAAACCGUCGGUCGAAGAAUUGUUGCAAUUAGUAAUUUUUUUACAAAAUUACAAUCGAUUUGCAAUCAUGGACCCUUAGGAUGCGGUAUUCAAGAAAUGCAGUUGGUUGGAGAAGUAAAACAUGGGCUAACAUCAAAAUUUUUGUUUCGGUGUCAACUAUGCAAGAAGAAAUUUUCUAUACCAAGUGAUGACUGUGGAGAAAAUUACUUGGGAGUAAACCAAUGUGCUGUUGCAGGCACUAUUGCAAUUGGUUGCGGACACUCACAGUUGCAAGAGAUGCUGUCUUCCCUAAACCUGCCGUUGAUAUCCGACAAAACUUAUGCUGAAUGCCACGAUAAUUGUAGCGCGCAUUGGGAGCGUGUAUUAGAAGAAUCAAUGCAUAAAGCUGCUGAAGAAGAAAAACAAUUGGCAUUAGAAGAAGGUCGCGUAAAGAAUGGGAUUCCGAAAAUAGACGUAGUUGCUGAUGGCUGCUGGAGCAAGCGUUCGUAUAAAAAAAACUACAACGCAUCCUCUGGUGCCGCAUCAAUCAUCGGAAGAAGAACAGGAAAAAUUCUAUAUCUUGGCAUCAAAAAUAAAUAUUGUAGCACCUGCGCCUAUGCACAAAGAAAAGAAACAACUACUCCGGAGCAUGCAUGCUAUAAAAAUUUCAACGGUUCUUCAACAAGUAUGGAGAGCGAUAUCAUUGUCGAAGGAUUCAAGAAAUCCAUUGAAAUGCAUGGUUUAAUAUAUGAAAGAUUAAUUUCUGACGGUGACGCCAGCACCUACGCAAAAAUUUUACAAGCACGUCCGUAUUCAGAUGUCACCGUCGAAAAAGUAGAGUGCCGUAAUCACAUAUUACGAAAUUUUUGUAAUAAAUUAAAAAACCUGACUACUGAAACAAAGUAUCAGAAAAAAUUAAGAGGGCUUAUAUCGAGAAAUACUAUUUUAGGCACGAGAGCAGUCAUCUGCAAAGCCAUGGCUAAACAUAAAAUAAAUUCAGAUGUUCAACUUCUUUUCGAAGACAUUUUGCUUAGUCAUCAUCACGGAUUCGGCGACCAUUCCAAGUGUCGACCAUAUUUUUGUCACAAAGUAGGUGAAGUUGAGAAUCGCUUUAAAAAAUUGUCUUCAAGCGCUUUAUGGCAGAAAAUCUGCUUUUUGACACAAUAUGUUGCUAGUCAUGCCCGCAGCUUGAUACACGACGUCGACAGUAACGUUGUGGAACGAUACAACAGCAUAAUAGCCAAAUUUGUCGGCGGCAAAAGGAUAAACUUUUCCAAAAAAAGUUCUUACCACACGAGAUGUCUAGCAGCUGCGGUAUCAUUUAACGAAAAAAAAUCAAUUUCUCUGUUAUACAAAUCAAUGAACGCCGGAAGAAGUCCACAGGGUACUUUAAAACGACUAGAACGUGAACGCAUAAGCAAGAAUAUGAAAAGAAAAAAAAAUGCUAAGGCAAAACUCCGUCUAAAUACACGUGUCGAAAAUAAAACUACCGACAAAGACUAUGGGCCAGAGUCAUUGAAACCAGACAUCGAACCAGACGUGUUUGAAUCCCUAAAAAAGAAUUUCUUAAACGACUUAAACAAAACCUCUGAAGAAAGGGAACAAAUUCAACAAAAUACAGUUCUACAAGCAGAAAGCGGGGAAUGGUUAGAGCUUAGACGCACACUGCUAACGGCGUCAAAUUUUGGAAAAGUGAUCAAUAGACGUCCAAAUACCAACUGCGCAAAUUUCGUAAAGGAUCUGCUAUACAAAGUCAACAUCGAUCACGUGCCUUCAAUAAAACACGGCAAAGAGAACGAAACGAUGGCUCUUAAACAAUUGGAGAAAGAACACAAUCUCUCCAUAAGGCCAUGUGGUCUACAUAUUGACGCUGAGUUGCCUUUUCUAGGUGCAACACCAGAUGGCCUUUGUGGAGAUGACAUGAUCAUAGAAAUAAAAUGUCCUAUCACAGCCCACCGAAUGGGCAUUGACGAAGCCAUAAAAUGUAAAAAAGUUACCUUUUGGAAGAGAACCAAAAAAGGUGAAGAAGUUAAUAAAAAACACCCCUGGUUUUAUCAAAUACAAGGCCAGCUCCAUAUUACAGGUAGGAGUAAAUGUUUGUUUGCCGUUUGGAGUGGUGAGAAAGAAAAACUAAAAACUGAAAUAAUUGUCCGGGAUGAUCAGUUUUGGUCAGAGAAGAUGGAAUUGAAAUUAAAAGAUUUUUAUAUACGGUGUAUACUUCCAGAACUGAUAGACCCGAGACACCCUCGUGGGUUACCGAUUCGGAACCCAAUCCAAAAUGAAGACAAGGAAAAUCAUAAGCCAGAUGAUAAAAUAGGACAAGACAUGGCUUCACCUAGUAUAUGUUUGUCUAUUCCUACUUUUUCAAACCCUGUUGAUAACUUGCAACCUGUAUGCUCUAAAUAUUUAAAUUUUGAUAGUUAUUGAAAAUAUGUGAUAUAUAAUCCCAACAAAAAAAUAAAUGUGAAAUGAGAUUACAGGAUUUUCUACACAGCACAGAACUUGGCGCUCUCAACUCUUUUGUCAGCGAGUCAACAACGGUCAACGACACAUAAUUGA